AUGAAGUCCAACAUUGGUUUCGUCGUGCUUUUUGCGCUGCUCCAUGAGGCUUCGGCCCAGCAGACGCCAUACGGUCAAUGUGGCGGUAUCGGCUGGACGGGGCCGACGACGUGCGUGGCGAGAUGGACUUGUCAGAAGCAGAACGACUGGUACUCGCAGUGUCUCGAGGGAGCAGCCCCUCCGACGACGCUUCGGACAACAACAUCAUCUCGCCCACCAGUAGCUCCUACAACUACUUCGAGAAUAUUAACAACUACUGCCAGGUCUUCUUCCGCCAGCGCCGCCCCGACGGCUUGCUCCGGCACCUUCACCGACAUCUCGGCCGUCGACUAUGUCAAGGCUAUGAACCCGGGAUGGAACCUGGGCAACACGCUCGACGCGAUUCCCAAUGAGGGAUCGUGGAACAACCCGCCUGUUGUCGAGAAGACAUUUGACGAUGUCAAAGCAGCGGGAUUCAAGAGCGUUCGCAUUCCUGUCACAUACAGCGAUCAUUUUACUAGCGGUGCACCGAACUAUACCGUUGACCCUGCCUGGCUGCAGCGUGUCUCUGAUGUAGUCGACAUGGCCACUGCACGAGGUCUCUACGUUCUCACCAACGUCCAUCACGACUCCUGGAACUGGGCCGACGUCACCAAGGCCACCACAGACGAAGCCAAAAAGGCCCUCAAUGACAAGUUUUACGCUGUUUGGCUGCAAAUCGGGCAAAAGCUGGCUUGCAAAUCUUCCCUCGUUUCCCUCGAGCCCAUCAACGAGCCGCCCGCCACCACCGCGGAACACGGCGCCCACCUCAACACCCUCAAUGACAUAUUCCUAAAGGCCCUUGCAGACAGUGGCGGCUUCAACACCCGCCGCGUGGUGAACCUCGUCGGCGGCAGUAUGGACGGGUACAAAACUACCCAAUGGUUCAAGGCCCCGGCCUCCAUCAAGAACCCGUGGGCUCUGCAGUACCACUACUACAGCCCCUACGAUCUCAUCUUUUCCGCUUGGGGAAAGACGAUCUGGGGAAGCGAUGCGGAUAAGGCGUCUCAAAAGACCGAUUUGGGCGUCGUCAGGGGUAACUUUACUGACGUCCCCUUGAUUAUCGGAGAGUUUGACGCCAGCCCGUUGAAUGUCGAACCUGCUGCGAGGUGGAAGUGGACGGAUCAUCUUGUUCGGACCGCUACGGAGCUCAACACCGCCAUUAUCAUCUGGGAUAACGGCCUGGAUCAUCUUGAUCGCAAUGCUCGCACCUGGCGGGACCCGACUUCCAUCGGUAUCCUCAACAGCGGGGUCAAGGGAAUCAAGAGCUCACUCCCGGAGAGCACCGUCGACGCCGGCGCAACCACCCAGUCUUCCUCCGCUUUCGUCUGGAACAAAGUCGGCGAGUCCGCCAAGGACACGACGCUGCCAUGGCAGUUUAACGGGAACACCCUGAAGGGCGUCAAGACCACCACAGGAACGGCGCUUUCUCCCGACAAGGACUACAGCGUGUCUUCGUCUGCCAUCACUCUCAAGGCGAGCUUCCUGAGCCAGUGGCUUUCCGCCACCGCGGCGCCCGGAAGCAAGGCCAAUCUGACACUCGAAUUCUCCGCGGGCGCGACCUCGCAAAUCGAGAUUAUCCAGUGGGACGUGCCUCGUCUUUCCGCCAGCAGCUCAAAGGCCGUCGCGGGAGCCGACCUGAACAUUCCCAUCGAAUACAAGGGUCUGAGGAUGCCUGCCGCAGUGAAGGCGCUGAAGAAUGACGGAAGUUACUUAUUUGAUGACUGGACGACUGUUCUCGGGCCUCUUCAACAAGCGAGAAUUACCUACGACGGACAAUGGAGGUAUGACGGUGCCAAGGUUGUUAUUACCCAGGCCGCCGUCCAGGCUGUCAUCAGCGGUGGAAAGCCGACUGUCUUCACUUUCGAGUUCUAUCCUCGUGUGCCUGGAAACAGUGUCACUUAUACUCUUGAGCCUUGA